CCCCCCCCCCCCCCGAGUCCGGGUCUCCGAGAUCGUGGAACACCAGCGGCGGCGCGGCGGCGGCGUGGUGGGAGAAGAGCCAGCGAGCGCGAGGCAGAGGAGUUUCGGCCGGGAGAGAUGCCUCUGUACGACUGCAUGCUGCUGGUGAAGCCGAUGGUGACGAAGGAGGCCGUGGCGGAGCUCGUGACGCGGGUGGCUGGGCGCGCCUACCAGCGCAACGGCGUCGUCACCGAGCUCAAGUCCUUCGGCAAAGUGCACCUCGGGUACGGCAUCAAGAAGCUCGACGGCCGCCACUUCCAGGGUCAACUUAUGCAAAUGACCAUGAUGGUUCCACCUUCCUUCACUAAAGAACUCCAAUAUCUAAACAAGGAGGACCGGCUGCUCCGCUGGCUGGUGGUGAAGCAUAGAGAUGCAGUUUACGGUCUGGAGUUCAUCAAUGAGGAUGAACAGGGCAGCGAGAUGGACAAUUACCGCUAUCGUACCAGGAGUAAGGAUGAUGAUGUUGAUGAAUAUGAUGACGACGACGAUGAUUACGAGUAUGAGGUCGAGGAGGAGUAGAUUUGUGUGCCAAGAUGUCUGCACUUUCAGUACUGUAAGGUGUGUUCUCCUGCAAACAAAUUGUUGUUGAUUAUAAAGUAGGGAUUGAAGUAGAACCUAUGAACUUCACUGUUUGUCAAAAGAUCCUGGAGUACCUGAAAUCUGAUGUUGCAUGUUGUUCGCUUGUUUGACAUUUAAGCUGCCAAUAAGCAGCAAAUGAUCUAAUUGGCACAUCAUCGCUAUGUUUAUCA